CCGACGGACAAAUAAAGAACGGGAGAGUAAAAUAAUAAAAAAAUAUAUAACGGAUGAUAAAAUAGAAAUAAAAUAAUAAUAGCUACAUAACGGUUCUGACGGUCAAAUUAUAAAAAACAGAUAAAAAUAUAUCCAGGGUAAAUUUAGGCCGCGGAAGCAUCCUGGUCCGACGACUCUCCUUUCUUUUGAUUUUUUUUUCUUGCCGUCUACUUGUUUCUGAUUUGUUUGUUUUUCUAUUUUCUCUCGAGGUUUGCAGUCGGGCCUUCAUUUCACAAGUGUCCGUAUUAAAGGAUAGGAUUUGGAACAGAAAAUAAUGCUCGUUUUUAUUUUUUCUAAACUCUGGAAAUAUAUAUUUGUACGUGUAUUUAUUUAUUUUUUUAACGAAUCUUAACCGGUGCUUCGUUCGGUGUAUUUUUUUAAAUAUUAUAGUAAUGCAAAUAAUUUAUGUAUGAGGAUUUAUAUAUUAUGUAUUGUCGAGCGGCUGGGACUUUCUUUAGUGUUUCUUUUGAACACGAGACCUCAUAUGUGUGGAAGCCUGUGAAUCAGCUGCAUUUAACCCAGUUCAAUUCAUCACAUCACAGCAGAUCAGGAAAAUCCCACUAAGCUGCUUCAGGAUUCCACAGUUUACAGAUUUGGGAUGCCUUAACACAGAACAACUCACCUCAUUUCCUGCACAAGGACGUUUUUUUUAUCCAAUAAAGUACUAGCUCGGAACCUCUUUAAAACAUGGUACUAUAACAACAGAUGAAGCCUCAGUAAUUUGUUGGAAAGUAGUCUUUCUUUAAACACCACAUUUUUUGACAACAGCCCCUCUUCCAAGCUUAGCAAGCCAUGGAAAACACUGCUGCAGACCAGAUGCACAGCAUGACUAAUAGCAGUCAGUUGUUUGCAUGUGACCAGUGUGAAGGUGUCUUCCCCAGGCUAAUAGAUCUACAGCUACACCUAGAGUCUCACAAGGAGGAAAGACCAUAUGUUUGUGCCCAAUGUGGACGAAGUUACAGACAUGCCGGUAGCCUUGUGAAUCAUAAAAAGACUCAUGAAGUAGGCCUUUUCCAAUGCAUGGUGUGCUAUAAAGAAUUUACCAACCCUAUGGCCUUGAAAAACCACCUAAGAACUCACACUCUUGAUAAACAAUACAGAUGUAAAGACUGUGGCAUGGGCUUUAGGGUAGCUGCACAUCUAGUGAGUCAUAGAAAAAUUCAUGGUGAGAGACCGUACCAUUGCCCUGUUUGUGGGGAAGACUUUCUCAGGUUAUCAGACUUACAACAACAUCAGACUACCCAUGGCAGUGAUGCUAUUUCACAAGAGCACAUCAGCUACUUUGGUAAAAAUGAAAGGUCUGACUUGAAUUCCAGUGCUGAUGCUUCACAGAGUUCUGCUGUUAGGACCUUGGAAGAUCAUGGCUUGCUCAAUGAUUCCAACAACAGUGCUUCAUUUAUGUCUGAGAACACUACUUCAGCUCAGGACCUUAGCAACUGUGAAAAUCUUGAAAAUGAAAAUGCUGCACUUCAAAUCCAUGCAAAUAAGAGAGGCAGUACCCAGAUAGAAGACCUAAAUAGUCACAUAGGUAGCCCCGAAAGAGAUGAAGAAAGACCUUUUAAAUGCAAAGAAUGUGGAAAGAGCUAUAAACAUGCAGGGAGUUUGACAAAUCAUAAACAAACCCAUACUACAGGAAUUUAUCAGUGCUCUUUGUGUUAUAAAGAGUACCAUAACCUUAUGGCCCUUAAAAAUCACAUUCGCCUUCAUUCACAGUACAAGCCAUACCGAUGUUCAGAGUGUGGCAAAGGUUUCCGGGUAUUUACAGACCUUACAAAUCACCAAAGAAUCCACAUGGGUGAGAAUUGUUUCACUGAGGGUUUUUCUGCCUCUUCUAACUUUCAGCAGAAUGAGCUGCUUUAUAGCAGUGGUCAUCACAGGAGAGAGGAAGGGGAUGAAUUAGGGAAGUCUGAAGAUAAGAACGAUCUUCUACAUGAUGCCUCUGAAGUUAACAGUGAUGAAAACUGUUUUGAAGAACCUACUCAUAAACCACAGCUCCAAGAAAACAAAGAAUCAGGCCGUGACAGGUUAUAUCACAGAUUUAAAAAGGUUCGUAGAAAUAUAUCUGAAAAGUUAAGGAAAUCUGCAGUUACUGUUAAGUCCAUAUUAAAGGACAGGGAUAGUGAUAUUUCACUUGUCACAGAGCCCUCUUACAGCAGAGAAAUUCAUUCUCCUGUAGAUAGCAAAACACAUAUAUGCGUGUACUGUGGGGGUGUUUUUUCUGGUAUUGAGGAGCUGAGAAACCACACGUGUUCUUUCACUGACAGUAGCAGCACAGCUAAUACUUUACAGCCUGGAAAAGAAUCAGAACACCUGGAAAAUGGACAUGUUUCUGAAAAUGAAAAUGACCUUCCAAUCAAUGAAGACUCAUCUGGCUUACUCAAACAAGAGAAUGAUCUAGGGGACAGGCCUUUUAAAUGUCAAGUGUGUGGAAAGUCUUACCGGCAUGCAGGAAGCCUAAUAAAUCAUAAAAAGUCUCAUCAGUUAGGAGUUUACAGUUGCCAAAUUUGUUUGAAACAGUUUUUUAACCUAGGUGCACUAAAGAAUCACCUCCGAACUCAUACACGAUCCAGGGCCAGCAGUGGCAUGAAAUUAUCAUCAUCACCAGAAACUCCAAGACAAAGAAUAUUACAAAGCAGUAAUACAGCUUAUAAUUGUCUUGAAUGUGGUGAGAGUUUCCUCAGUAGAAUCAGUUUUAUGCAGCAUCAGAAAAAGCAUGAUGCCAGCAGAGAACCAGCACACGAAUUAGAUGUUUCCAGACUCCAGGACAGUAUUACUGAUGAUCAGUACAAUGUAGAUGCAGAUAGGCUGCAGGAGCCUUUCACGCCUAGCAGGGAUGGUGUUCUGAAUGAUGGACUCUUAAAGCACAUUAAAUGUGAGCUACAGAACUGUAAACCAUUAGAUCUACAGAAUCAAGGGCAAGCAAAUUCUACAGAAAUAUACCCUCCAUGUAAUUUAUCUAAAAAUAAUGUCCAAGACAUGAGUCCAGAUAUGCAAAAAGGAACUUUUCAAGAAGGGCAGACAAAUCCUACAGAAACACCCCCUGCUUUUAACUCAUCUAAAAGUAAUGUCAAGGCCAGUUGGAGCCCAAAUAUCCACAAAGAAGCCUUUCUCAAUGAAAACACAUGUGCUGUAAAGAGUCCAGUUCAGCCAAGCAUGGAAACUGUUCAAGCAAAAAUUGACAUUAAGCAACCUCAGAAUUCACAUGUGAAUGGACAUGCUACAGACAGUGUUGCAGAGGACCCAGCUGAGUGUCCCACAGUAGAUGUUGGUACCAGUGCAGACACUGAAGAUCGGCCUUACAAAUGUAACCAGUGCAGCAAAGCAUAUAGGCAUGCAGGAAGUUUAGCAAACCAUAAACAUACACACCAAAAUGGGAUUUACCAUUGUCCUGUUUGUGAAAAACAGAUGUCCAAUCUUGUAGCACUCAGGAGCCACCUUCGCAUUCAUAAAAAGUAUCAGAGUAGAAGUAGUUUUCCUGUUCCUGGGGACCUGAUGUAUUAUAAUCAUUUUCAAGAAAAAGAUGAUUCUUACAGUUGCCCUGCUUGUGGGGAGAAUUUUUCAAGCACGUCUAAUUUGCAACACCAUCUUCAGUUAGUCCAUGGUAGCAUUGGAGAACCACAGAACCAGAGUCUGAAGCUAAGCUUCGAAGAAAGUCCAGACCAUGGGGACUUAACUGGAGCUGUGGUUACACAUUCAGAGACUGCUGAUGCCACAGAGUCAAGUGCUUGUAUACCACUGUAUAACAAAGUAUGCGAUACUUUAGUGUAUGAGACAGAAUUCCACAGUAGAGAAGAAGAUGGUGCUGAUGACACUUAUGAAAGUUUCAGUAACCUGCCACAUAUAUGUGGCCGUUGUGGAAAGAUGUAUGAUGACAUGGACAGCCUUGAAAACCACAGCUGUCAUCUAGACAAUGGAGAUAUGUCAUGUUUGCAAGGCGAUAGUGAUAUGGACCUUCAGAAUUCCAGUUUGAGUACUGAGGAGCCACUGGAAGCGAUGGAGCACAGUAACUAUGAGACUGAUAUGAAUAAUGCUCAUACUAGCCCCAGUACUGAACAUCAAGAAGGACAAGGCAGCCCUGAAAAACGUACCUUUAAGUGUAACUUGUGUGACAAGACCUACAGACAUGCAGGAAGUUUAACAAACCAUGAGAAUACUCACAGGAAAGGAGACUUUCAGUGUUUAGUUUGUCAGAAAACAUGCUUUAACUAUGCUGCAUUCAGGAGCCACCUCCGUACUCACUCAAAGACUAAAACAAACUCAGCUUUGUAUAAUAAUAAACAAACUUUUUCUCCUGAAAGUCCUGAAAAGAAUGUCAGUUUCUCUUCCUCCAAUAUUAGUGGUUCUCCUGGUCAUUUAGAUUUGUCAUACAGUAGGCCUCUCAAAGAAGAAAAAGAAGACACAGAAGUUUCCUUGAUUUCCUCUGAGCAUUAUUCUGAAUAUACAGCUGAAGAUUUUGAAUCCUGUAAUGACAAGCCUCACAAAAUGAUCAGCAGUGAAAUAGCAGAUCUUGGGCAAUCACAGAGUCUGAACCAUAUAUUGAUUACAGACCCUUCUGCUGAGAAUUCAGUGGACAAAACCUGUAGCAGUAGUUUAGAAAUAACUGACAGUUGCCCUCAGAAGACUGUAAAGUCUGAGGUGAAUUAUUUGACUGGAGAUAAUUAUCAAAGUGAUAUUUCAGACAAAGCAGAAGAGCAGUCCUUUGAGGAAGUCUGCAACAGUUUUAAAAAGUUAGAAGAUGCCAGAAUUGACAAUAAGAAUGGAAAUUCACAAAGUAUUGCAUGUUGUGAGGAUUCUAACUCAUCAUCAUCAUCGUCGUCUUCCUCAUCAUCAUCCUCGUCGUCUUCUAGUGAAGAUCCAAAGACUCAUGGAGAUGUAGAUGGUACUGAAUCUAGUAAAGCGCAUAGAGAGGAUCAUGAUCGGCCAUUCAGGUGUGAAGAAUGUGGGCGGUCCUACAGACAUGCCGGAAGUUUGCUGAAUCACAAGCAGACCCACAAAACAGGGAUAUUCCGAUGCUCUGUUUGCCUGAAAAGAUUUUUUAACUUAAUGGCAUUUAAGAACCACUUUCGUAUCCACUUUCAGAAAAAACCUCACAAAUGUCUGGAAUGUGGCAGAGCGUUCAGGUUGCAAAAGCAGUUGAUCUGCCAUCAACGAGUUCACAGGGAUAAACCAUCUUCUGUCAGGAUGGCAUCCUCUGUCAGGAAAGCAUCACAGAAGCAUGCAUAUGAUCUGCAGUUUUCAGACAAUUGCCCUCCAGAUGAUGGUGGCAGUACCCUGAAAGAAGAGGAUUGUGCAUUCAUUAAUAAACUAACUGAUGCCUCCAUAGUGGAUGCACAAGACCAGUUUAGUGAGAAAAAGCAGAAUGUUUCAAGUUUUAACACUGGAGAAUCGUACAUUAUGUCAGACAUACCUAGACACGAGCAAAGCACUUCUAAUAGUAAAAAGGUUGCCAUUUUGACUAAGGUAGGAUCAGAUUCUGAAAAACUUAUGAAUGUUGAAAGAGAUGUACCAUCAGGGCCUGACAAGGAGGAAAUGGGUGUGGAUGAUCGACCUUUUAAAUGUGACAAGUGUGACCGGUGUUACAGACAUGCAGGCAGCCUUCUGAACCACAAAAAGAGUCAUACAACAGGAGAUUUUUAUUGUCCUAUAUGUGAAAAGACUUACCCCAAUUUGAUGGCAAUGAAAAACCACCAGCGGAUCCACUUUGAGAUCAAACGGUUCCAGUGUCAAGAGUGUGGUAAAGCAUUCAAAGGGCAAAAACAGCUGCUAAAACACAGCCACAGUCAUACUCGCAAAAAGACUUUCCACUGUGGUGUUUGUGACAAGAGCUUCCCUGAUAAGUUACAGUUACAGGAGCACUCCAAAGAGCAUAAAGAUCAAAACCCACAGCUAAGCCUUUUGGGUGACUCUAGUGAAAGGGAAUUGGAGCACAAUGAAGAAGUAACUAACCCUGUAAAAGGCAAAUCCUCAGUGUUGCCUUCUUGUAAAAGAAGAGCCAAAAUCAAAAACAAUGCACCUUCUGAUCACCAACAUUCAUGCAGUAACUGUCAGAGUGUUUUCCAGUCAUAUAAAGAGUUUGAGCAGCAUUAUUGCACUUUUUAUGAUCAAAAUGAAACAUCUUUAGCAGAUUGUAAAGAUUUCCAUACAGAUGUGGUUUCUCAGUCUAAUCAGAAAUCAUGUACAGAAAAUAAAACAUUGCAUCAUGAUCAGAUUGAAUGUGGGACUAGCCAAACCUGCAGCAGUCCUGAAGAGCGACCAUACAAGUGUGACUUGUGCGGAAGGACUUACAGGCAUGCUGGUAGCUUGCUUAAUCAUAAAAAUACACACACAUCAGGUAUUUUCAAGUGUUACAUAUGCAUGAAGCAAUUCUUUAAUCCUAUGGCAAUAAAGAAUCACCUACGUAUCCAUACAACUGACAAACAGUACAAAUGUUUAGUGUGUGACAAGACUUUUAGAGUAUCCAGAGAACUUAAAAACCAUGAGAGGGUGCACACUGGGGAACGGCCUUACAGUUGUAAUGACUGUGGCAAAGGCUUCUUGCAUAAACAAAGCCUGAUACAUCAUCAACGAAUUCACAACAGUACGAAACAUGUAGCCAAACGAUGUAGGAAUAGGAAGGCACUUAAUAUUAACAAAGGUACAUGUGACAGCUCUAGCAGAGAAUCCCCCAUAGAAGUUCAUGAAGAUGCAGAAUUGAAAACUGAUAUUUGUUUUCCUGCCACUGGUAUUGUGGAGUGUAAUAGUGAAAGUGUUAAUGAAGUGGGGCGAUCAAGACCUGUUAGAACUAGAAAGCGCAAAAAGAUGUGGCUUUAUGAGGAAGAGUAUUUGACAGAUCUAGAUAUCGACAUCCGCCCUUUUAAGUGUAACCAAUGUGGGAAAACAUACAUACACGCAGGUAGCCUUUUGAACCACAAAAAAACGCACAAAACUGGAGUGUAUUUGUGCCCAGUUUGCAAGAAAGAAUUCUCCAAUCCUAUAGCACUAAAGAGCCAUGAGAGAAUCCAUCUGGAGAAGAAUCUGUACAAGUGCAAUGAAUGCAGCAAAGAAUUCCGCUUGUCAAGGCAGCUUGUUUCUCAUCAGCGGGUUCAUGGCAAGAGCUCUGGUGCUUGUAACUUGAGCUUCUCACAGCCUGAACUCGAGCAGCACUCACUGGACCACAGUGCUAGUUUAGAAUAUAGUGUAGAAGAGAAAAUAAAUACUGUAGCGAAAAACACAGAAGACAUUCCUGUUGGUGUGUUGAGAUAUAGUAUUUGUACGCAUGAAGGUGCAGGCAAACUUAGUAUGUUAGAAAUCAAAGAUUUAGGAAAAACAUUUGUCAUUUAUCGUUGGGGCAGUGUGCUAAUCUAUGAAGACCAAGGGGGUGACAUAGGUAACAAGGUGGCCCUUUUGGAAGUUGAAUGGCAGUUAUUGAAAACUUAUGAAAAAGACAAUGCUAAUGAUGGAGGAAUGAGUAGUGUCAGUCCUACUGACACGCAAGUGGAAUUAUUCACAUUGCAUUCCCCUGUAACAACGGCUGAUUCCAUACCACCAGGACAGAACUGUAAUAUUCAAAGUUCAUUUGCCGAUGCUGUUUCUAAGUCGAAGGGCAAAUCGGGUUCUAAUCUGAAUUGUGGUUCGUCUGCUCGUGGAAUUCCGGAUUCUUGUGUGCCUGUGCCUGUAUCCAAUCAGAGGGAGAAUAGCGGUGUCAGCGCCAAUCCGACCAAUCGGGAUCGACCUGUUGCACGAGUUCUGUCGGGUGAAGCGUUGAAUGGCAGGCGAGAGCAUGACCUUCAGUCAUGGUUCGAGGCGCUGGUAUUUGCUGGUGAUGCUUCUGGUUUUUCCUAUUCAGACUUGCAAUCGGAUGUUCACAAUAUCUCAACUGAUUAUGAGGCUCUGAAUGUGGAUUUUAUUGGUACUAUAGGUAAUGUUUAUGAACAAGCAUCACCUGGUUGCGACUGUGAUAACAUUGGCAAUAAUUAUGAAGUUAUUGGAAACUGUAUAAAUGCAAUUCAAACAGGUUCAUGUGUUGAUUGCAAAGUUACAAAGCAGCAAGGUUUUUUUAUUUAUAACUACACUGACAUCGAAGUAGGGGAUGUGUAUUUUCAAUUGUUUACUAAAGGAACCAGUUUUGUACCAAGUUUUAGAUUAGAUGUUUCUCAAGUUUUGAUUAACAUUAAGCUCUUUAUGAGGAGAUUGAAUUUGGAGAUUUAUUUCCAUGACAAAAAAGACGUUUUUUCAUUAAAUGUUAAUAACAGUUGUUCUGGAUUGAGAAGGAAAAGUAUGUUUAUUCCACCAAGUAGUAAUGAAAUUUUAGCUUUAGAAAAGCUAAUGGAGUUUGAGGCUAGAAGAAUAUGUGGUGGGAGAGACAUUUUGGAUGAUAACCUCACCCCACAUGAGAGAGUGGUUCUCAAAGAAUUAAGAUCGUCCAAUAAUAUUAGAUGUAUGAGACCGGACAAAGGUGGGGGGAUGGUUUUGAUGAACAAAAUUGAUUAUUCUACAUCUAUGAUGGUUUUGCUCGAGGACAAUAGCACAUAUACAAGGGUUUCAGUUAAUGAAAUGAAUGUGGCCUAUAGAAGAAUUGAUUUGUAUUUAUUAGAUGCCCUGUUUCAGGGUGAGAUUACUGAACAGGAAUUUGAUUUUCUUUCUGUCAAAUACCCUGUUAUUCCAAGCAUCUUUGGCAUCCCAAAGGUGCAUAAGGGCAUAGAACGGUUACAAUUCAGGCCCAUUGUGUCAGCUAGGGGCUCAAAGACUGAGCCCCUUGCAGCAUUUGUGGAUGAAGUUUGUAAAACAACUUUAAGUGAUGUGGCCCAUAUCAUCAAGGAUUCAUGGCAUUGUUUGGAGAGAUUGAAGGUUGUAGGAAACUUUAUUCCUCAUAGUGAGGGUAUGGAAAUGUUUCGUGAAAGUUUGGUGUUAUGUCCCAGUUUUGAUAAGAGUAAGAUUAAUUUUACAUGUGACCUGAUGGAAAUUAUUUUGAAAAAUAAUUUUAUUAAAUUUGAAGGUGAAACCUUCCAGCAGUGUUCUGGGGUUGCAAUGGGUGCGCGGUGUGCACCCAUCUUUGCAAACCUCGUACUACUGGCAUGGGAAAGAGCUUAUAUUUUUCAAUCUAGAUUUUGUGCGAAUAUUGUGCUUUAUAAUAGGUUUCUCGAUGAUUUGCUUAUUUUGUGGGAUGGAGAUGAGAUGAGUGCAAUUGAAUUUGUUGAAUAUAUAAAUUCUUCUACGAGUUUUUUGAAAUUUACCCAUGUAUGGAGUGUGGAUAAAGUGAACUAUCUGGAUUUGACUAUUUUUAAGGAUGGUGAAGGUUUAGCUAGUACUUUGUAUAGGAAAGAUAGUUAUUCUAAUUCCCUUUUACAUUUCACAAGUUGCCACCCUCAUUACCAAAAAAGAGGUGUGGCAAAGGGUCAAAUGGUACGUAUAUCAAGGUUAAUAAGUGAUGAAACAUUAUUUAAGCAGGAAAUGUACAAACUUAUAGGUAUGUUGAUGGAUAGGGGUUAUCCACUUAAACUAUUAUUGAAGGUGAAAAGAGAAGUGGUAAGGAAAAGGAAUACAGCCUUUUCCCCUAUCUUGGGAAGUAGUGUAGAAAUGACAGGUGAUGUGCACUUGCAAGGUACUGAUAAACAUGUGGAUAUGGAGAAACCAUGUCUCAUUCUCAAAUAUAAUGAGAAGGCCACUGGGAUUGCUACAGCUUUACGUGAUGUAUGGAAUCAUUGCUUGGAUAAUACAACUAAGGAUAUCAUUGGGAGGACACCUAGAAUUGUGUUUAGUAAAGGUGAAAAUUUAAAAAGAAUUAUGGAGAAAGUACCUAGAAUUAGAAAAUCCAAGAUGUCUAAGUGUGUACUACCAGUAUUUAUGUCAAACCUGUUAAUAGAAAAAAUUGUUCUUAAAUGCUAUGCAGAUUAUAAUAAGAACAAUGUAGUUUAUUAUGCCAGCUGCUCUGCCUGUUAUGUAGGUAAAAUGAACUGCAGUUUGAAAGAUAGAGUUUUAGAGCAUGCUAGCGAUAACAAGAAGUGUAAACUGACCAAUGCAUUAGCAAGACAUGUAUCUGAGUGUGGUACUGAUCAUAUAUUCAGAUUUGUAGUGUUAGAAGCUUUAUAUGAAAGUCUUAGAUUUGGAGAUCUUAUUAAUAUAACAGAAUGUGCUGAGUUGAGGUGGAUUGUGACUUUAAAUGCAGACAAGUUUCCCGGCUUGAAUGGACGUACAUCAUUGAAACCUGUGCUUAAGAAUCUCCAGAUUGGCUUUUUAAUUGUUAUAAUGAUGAAGCACAGUCUGUUCAUUUGGGGAUUGUUGCAUUUCGUGGUCCAGUUCCCCAAGGCAUUAGCCAGCUGUAUGACUGGCAAACCUGAACAGUGCAUGGCGGCUACAUUUGUUCCUGGCUACAACCUGGUUGGGGAAGGAUUUGACAUUGUAAAAUUAACCCGGAAAGGAGCCUAUGUGGUGGACACUCAGACUUGGAGGAGAGAAAAUGAUACAUGUACAUUGUGUACCAACUCACUUCUGCAAGGCAAAGUUCACAAGCUCCCCCUGUCUGUUGUGGAUUGGCGGGUUCAAGCAGAAUGUAAGCAGAGGGUCUCUAGUUCCCUUUAUGAGUCCAACUCCUCCUUAGUGGAGUCUAUUAUAUCUUUAAUUACUAAUAACUGGAAGACUGGCUUAGAAAUGACUGAAUCUGAAAUCGCUAAAAAAAUGGUUAUGGCAGGCUCCCAUUCCAGACUGGCAGAAUUUUCCAUGAAGAAGCUAAAACAAGACAAAUACAGCUUUGCCAGUCUUGAAUUUUCCUGCAAAUACUACAGGUUCAGACUGCAAAGCAACCCCCCACCUUCAAGGACCUUUGCUCAUUUUGUUAGAGGUCUACCAAAACAGUAUAAUCAUGAAAGCAAAGUAAGAUACUGGCAGGCUAUUGAUAUUUAUGGCACUCACUACAUUCGUGAUGUGAGUCUUGGAGGCAAGGUUCGAGAUGUGAGAGCAAUCAGGUCCUGUGAAGCUUCUAUGGACGGUGCUACUGUUAAUGAUUUGAAAUAUUGUUUAGAGAUAGAAGCCAGACUCUCUAUUGGUGAGACAACAAAGUCAGAUGCCAAUUAUCAAGCCUGCCAAGAACUGAUGAAGAAAACACGAAACUUCAAGGGAAGCUUCCACAAGACCUUCAAUGACAGAGAAUCAGAGAUUGUUGGUGGUGAUGUCACUGCCAGUCUAGACAUUCUUUUCUCAGACAGGCAAGAUGCCAGCAUUUUUAACAAGUGGACUGACAGCCUCAAGACAAAUCCGGACAUUGUCACCUGUGCUGUGGAACCCAUUCACUGGCUUGCAGAAAAUCCACAAAGGGAAAACCUAAAGCGGGCAGUGAAAGAGUACAUUCUGGAAAAGGCUUUCCAGAAGAAUUGCAUCGAUAACUGCCCAGCUGGCUCUAAGCCAAGUACAACAGACUCUUGCAUCUGCACAUGCUAUGAAGGAGAUUCAAUGGAAUCUGGUGACGAGGAGAUUACAGAAGACUCUUCAGAAACAGAUGUUUCCCAGGUGAUGGAGCACAAGAACCCUGCCCGUUCAAAUGCAAGCAUGAUGCCAUGUAUCUGCAAGAAGUGUGGAAAAGUGUUCAAACAGCCCGGUACAUUAAGGGCACACAUGAAGUCCCAUAGGGUGGAUUUACCCUACAGUUGCUCUUUUUGUGAAAAACGCUAUGCUACAUUGACAGGACUGAAAAUUCACAAACGGGCCCACACAGGUGAGAAGCCAUAUGUUUGUACUGAGUGUGGGAAGGGAUUUGCUGACUCUUCAGUACUGAAACGACACUGUCUCAUCCACACAGAUGAGCGUCCACAUAAAUGCACAGUUUGUGGGAAGGGCUUCACACUUCUGCAUGACUUGAAAAACCAUUUGAGGACACACACUGGAGAAAAACCAUAUAUGUGCAGUACCUGUGGCAAGGCAUUUUCUAGGUCUUUCUCUCUGACAUGUCACAGACGCAUCCAUUUGGCCGAAAAUCCUUACAAAUGUGACCAUUGUGGAAGAACCUUUAAACAGAUAACAUCUUUCCAGAACCAUCAGCAAACUCAUGUGGAUAAGAAACAUUUGCAUUUCCAGUGCACACAGUGCGGUAGACAGUUUUUGUACCCCUCCAUCUUACAGCGGCAUAUGAGGAUGCACUCGUUCACCAGACUUUUGCAGUGCAAUGAGUGUGGAAAGGCUUUCCAUCAGCCUGGGGAGCUAGAAGUGCACCAAUUGAGUCAUAAGGAGGAAUACUCUUACAAGUGCACACACUGUGAGAAGGCCUUCACCACAUCCUGGCACCUAAUGCAGCAUCAACAAAGCCAUUUAGUUGAACAGCCCUUUUGUUGUCCAAAGUGCACCAAUCAGUUUUGUCAUGAGGCUGAUCUUAACGCUCAUCUCCUGAUGCAUUCUGUGGAAUUUCCUUAUACAUACGAUGAAGUGGACAACAGUGAGAAAAUGCUGCCUAAUGCAGAUGGAUCACUUGGAGAGAAAACUGAUGCACAUGAAACCAGUCAGAGUGAUCUUGGCAAAAUGUUAGAACAAGAAGAAGAAAUUAUUUAUGAUGUAAAGUUAGAACUGUUACCACCUCCUGUUUUGCCCAAGCUAGAUGACUUGCUAAAAGGUGUUUUAAGUCAGCUGGAUUUACUUUCAUGUUAUGAGGAGAAACUGUCACUGCAGAAGGUACUGCAGGUAAGUUUCGAAUCACUUGAGGGAAAUAAACCAAAAUCACUUCAGGAUGUGCCAUGGUACUUUCUCAGGAAAGUAAUGCUGUCUGAUUCCAGUGCAGUCUGUAUUAAAUAUCCUACCAAUAUUUUGGAUCAAUCAGAAGGUGUGGAAUGUUAUGGUCCUUCAGAUUCAGAUAUAGAGGAUAUGUUUCAAAGUAGUGCACAUUCCCAAAUGCCAUGGAUUCAUCCGCUGGAUGUAAUAGUUUCAGUUCUUCAUUGCUCUGAUUCCAUUCUACAACAAGAGCUUAUGACCAAAAUGUCUGCUUGUCAGUUUGCAUUACCACUGUUACUGCCUACUGGAAACAACAGUUGUACGUUCCUUUUGUGGGCAUUGCAGUCAAUUGUGAAGAAAUGGUACCCUGAGGGAACACUAGGCAAUUUUGGAUUCAUAGAAGAAAACAUUGUUGUUUCUAAAAUGCCAACAUUUACUUUCAUGAGAGUUGGUGACUCUAAAAUUCCUAAGUCAAAAACUCUCAACGACAUCCUUAGCAGUGAGCAGUUGCACCAGAAUUUCUUCAUCCAUCGGGAGAUGGAGUGUGCAAACAUUGCCAGGAAAAUUUCAAAUGGGCUUGCUGAGAUCUGCUGGCAUUUACCAGGUAGUUCUAACAGCACUAAUAUUUUCUCCAAAGCAUUUGCAGUAAUUAACCUCCGAGGAGAUGCAAUUACGAUGCCUCAGCAGGUUCAUUUUUUAAGCCAAGUCUCUUCAUCAAUUUUCUUUUUUCUUGAAGAUAUUACUGAGAAGGAAGUUCAAUACUUCGAAUCAUUUCCAAAAACCAAUGCACACAUUUUUCUGAUUUUGGCCCCAAAUGCCAAUUUACACUGUUCAGGUGAGACAUUGAAAAAAGUAAUGCAGACAUUGCAGUUAACUAGGAAGCAUAUUAUUAUCAAAUCCCAGGAUAUCAAUGAUUCUGAAUUUACAUCAUUAAUGAGAAUGAAAAUCAGUCAUGCACUACAGCAAGCGGAGCUACAGCAAACUGUUUUGUGUUUGGAGGACAUGACUAGUACAGCUUCACAGCUUAAAAUUAAAAUAGAUGAAGAUGAUGAACACAUUCAGAGAACCAGAACUGAAUCAGAUGAAAUCUUGAUUCUCAUGAAGAGUGGCAUUACUGAAAAUUCUAAACAAAGCAAUUUUAAGUUUCAGGGGGAAGCUUGGCAGGUGCUGUCGAAUAUUGAAAAGGAGCAGACUCGUUUAAAAAAAUGCUGUGAAAGCAUAGAGCUCAGAAUUCGUGAACUGGAAGCCCAGAAAGAGAACUUGAUAAAGUCUUUGCUCCAAAGUGGGAUAUCUAAUGUCAUGCAAAAGUUUAUUAAGAAACUGAUUGAUUUACCUAAGAAUGAAAGAAAACUUCUGCUGCAGUGGAUGAAACUAAAAUUAGAUUCCAGCUCAAGAAACACUUUGUCUGCAUUACGGUAUCAGUACAAAGUUGCAUAUGAGAUGCUGUACACGGCAGAAGAACAGGCAGACAAGGUAGUACUGCAGAAUGAACUUAAAAUGCUUGAAGUCAAAUCUCAAAACUGCUCACAGGGAUUAGAACAUUUUAUGCGAGAAGUGGGGCAAAUUUAUGAAAUUGUGAACACACAGAAAAAUAAAGCAAGUACAAUUCUUCCAUAUGAUUCACUCCCGCAUGUGGCUGCUGAGAUGUUGUUAGAUGGAAUUCCUCUAGAACUUGUUAAUGGAGAUGCCCUGAAUAUGUCAACCAACUGGGUGUUAGCUGUACUAAAAUCUGUGGCAUUUCUCAUCGGCAAUGAUAAGCAGUUGUCUGUUCUUUCAGUACUUGGUGCACAAAGUCCUGGAAAAUCAUCUUUUCUGAACACAAUGUUUGGGUUGCAGUUUGGUGUUGGUGGUGGAAGAUCCACAAAGGGGGCUUUCUUGCAGCUUAUUGAAAUUAAAGGCAGUCUUGGAGUCCAGGUAGGUUGCGAUUUUCUUCUUGUUAUAGAUAUAGGAGGAUUAAGGUCCCUGGAAGUAUUGGGAAGCUGUGAUAGUUGUGCAUCCGAUGUUGAACUGGCAACGCUGGUGAUUGCACUGAGUAAUGUGACCUUACUGUACAUGCCUACUGAAGACUUCUCAGAAAUAAGUGAUAUAUUUCAUAUACUUAUUCGUGCAUUUAUAAGGGUGAAAGAAGUUGGCAAGAAACCUAUUUAUUGGUGUGUUCACUCAGAGUGUGGGGACUUACCUAGUCUGAACUGGAAUCCAAGAACCUGCAAACAACUUACUGACAAGCUAGAUGAAAUUACAAGGGAUGGAGCAAGAAUGGAGGGGUGUGAGGCAAAGUUUAAAAAAUUUUGUGAUGUUGUGGAAUACAACCCAAAUGGUUACAAGGAUUAUGUUUCUGGAAUUUGGCUUGAGUCUGGCCCAAUGGCUUCAGUUGAUGUAAGUUACAGCACACGUGUUAAUGAGCACAAGAAGUACUUUUUUCAGACACUGAAAACUUGCAAAAACCAAGAUCUGACAUUUUCUAAAUUCUGCAAGUGGCUUCAGGAUACUUGGAGUGCUCUGAGAACAGGAAAUUUCAUUUUCUAUUUCAGAAAUAGCUUAGCAGCAGAAGCAUACCAUUGUCUUGCAUCAGAUUACGCCAGCCAUGACUGGGACAUGAGAAGAGAGGUGCAUGAGUGGUUAUUAAAUGUUGAAACAGGUACUAUAACUGGAGAACAUAACAAGAAUGAUUUGUUAGAGACUUUAAACUCAGAACUUAAGGUGCUCAUUACUGAGAAAAAAACAUCUGCACUUGAAAAUCUCAACAGAAGGUGUUGCAAAUAUAAUUUUGCAGCAUCGUUUUUUGAGGAGUAUCGAGCAAAGUUUGAGAAGAGCAUAGAUGUGCUUGGUAAAAACCUGGAGCAGUCUGCUCUUCAGAAGUGUAAAAAGAUUAUUGAUCCCCAGAAUGGACUGCAAGUCACCCUAAGAAGAAAUGCCCAGCAAGAGUUUGAAAGGCGUAUAUUUCAAGUAUUGGAGAUCUGCAGGCAAAAUAAUAUAAUGUUAACAGAUGACAAUUUGAGGUAUCAUAUUAAUGAGGUAUGGACUUCAGUAACAGAUCCAGUCAUACCACUGCAAAGUGAAAUAAUUAAUAUUGAAGCAGAUAUGGAGCAGAAACUGAAGGAGAACAGCUCAGAACUUGCAGUGUUGGGAAACUUCAGAAUCAAGGAAGAAAAUAUAAGGAAUACUGAAACAUUCAGUGGUAUGACUGACAUCUUUUGCAGGUUCCAAGAAGGUAACGCCCUUAGCAGAUUCAAAGCAGAGCAACUUCACAAUCAGUGCCAGAGAUUUAUAAAUGGUAUAAUGAUACGGGAAAGGGAUUAUGACCCUAGCUACUGGACUGAAAUCCUGAAUUAUGUGAAUGAAAGCAUCCAACAUCUUCAGACAGGCAGAUUUUCAUUUACAAAUUCAUUCAUUUCCAAUUUUACACUUCACCUUUGUACAUCUGCUGUUGCUAAAUUUCAGGAAAUGCACCACAAAUGCAAUGAAAAAAAUGACCCCGUGAAGAGGAGAGAGUGCAAGAAAACGCACCUUUUCUUACUUUUUAAGGAACUCUGUGACACAAAUGAUGCUAGUCAGAUACUGGCUGAACUCUUGUGUGAAAGUAGUCUGAAGCCUGCUGUUAUGAAUGCUAUUGAGGGCAGACUUGGAUGGGAUAUUGUUCAUGAUAUGAAGAAGCAUUGCAGUCAUGGGGAAUUUAAUACAAGAGCUGGUCUGCAACUAGCGGUUAUGAUACAUCUGAAAAACAGAGAGAAGUUUGAGGACUACUUUGAGUACAUUAGUAACUCUUCUUAUUAUGAGAAAAAAUGGUUGGAACAGCAGGUUAUACAGCACUGUAAUCAGCUUUGCAGUGGACAAACUAGACUUGUGAACUUGGGAGAAAACAUCUUGAAUAGUCUGAUCUGUAAUAUUAAAAAUGCAAUAAAUGAGUGUAGGUCUCAGUGCAGAACUAUUAAUGAGUUUUGUAAACAGUUAAAGUGGAACAUUCGAGACAGCUUGAUUUUGCUGCCAGAAAUAAUAGAUGUGGAGACGUUUUCAUCGAAAAGUGAUUUCCAGUACUUUGUGAAAUGUCUGCAAGAUCAUGUGGACAGGCUGCGAAUACACGUCCAAAAUGUGAUAAAGACAUGGAGAACUGAUACACGGAUUGAAUCUUUGCCCAUCUGCCUCCUUGAAGAAUUGUACAAAUCAGUUGCAGGGUGUGAAAAAUACUGUUUCUGGUGUAGUGCCCCCUGUGACUGUGCAGACUAUAACCACAGUACUCACUAUACUAGUUACCACAGGCCUGUGGGACUCAAUGGAGAAAGGUGGCCGGGUACACAGAAACUUGUUGCUGAUAUUUGCACAACACUGGUCACAACUGAUCAGUGCUUUCAUAAUAAAGACACUAACUGGGAAUGGGUUUCCUUCAGCAACUAUCAGGCAGUUAAUAUGGAUUAUAGAGCAUGGUGUAUACCAGCAGAUGCAAGUCUGAAUGGGUCAAUAUAUUGGAAAGCAGUUCUCCAUAGAUACAAUAACCAUUUUGCCGAAAUGUACAGUUGCCUACCUGCUGAAAUACCAUCAGAGAAUUAUGUUCCAUGGAGUGAUAUCUGUAAAGAUAUAGAUGGGGCCUACACGUUAUAAGCAGGAACAGUUUAAGCUCACUGUAACAUUUGUGAAACUGUGAUGAAAACUUGUGCUUUAUUCUUUAACAUUUAAAACAGUAAUGUUUUUCAAAUAAAUACUUUCAUUUUCUAGUGG